AUGCGCAGGAUUUUUAGGGACGGAGCUCUUCAAAACUGGAGGCGGAUCUUUCUCGCGGCAGGACUCACAAGAAACCGCGCUUGGACCUCACAGAGAGUACCCGAUCCACCGGGCACCGUCGAAACGAGAACACAAAGCCUUACUUUAUUGUCCGUAAAGUCUUGCGGGCUCGGAUAUGUCGUAACCCGACGGUCAGCCCUCUUCACGAAGUGCUUCAAAGAAAUAUAUGAUGCUGUUCCCUUACGAGAUGAGAAGUCGCUGAACAUCCAAAAAUAUGGACAAAUGGAAGUAUUAGCUGUGCCCACUCGAUCAAAUCGACGAACAACGGUAGCGCAGGUGACUCUCCUUCUAACAAAGUAA